CGUGUCUUUGCCCAACCAAAGGCACCAACACCUGCCAACCUGUCAUGACCAGCAGCAGCACGUUUGCACCCAAGUUCCUACCUCCACCAGACGCUGCCCCGACCGACGAGACUGACGAGCAGUACCUCGCCGCCCAAAAGUAUGCGCUACUGUUGAUCCAGGACGGCCAAAUCGUCGAAGCCGACCGGUUCCUUCGAGCCAGAGGGUACACGCAUCGGCUGGCGUCGUCCGUCCUACAGUACCCCUUUGCAGGUGCCGUUGUCCCUCCACCACUCAUGUCGGACACUGGUCCUGCGGUGGACCCUCGGCCCUUCGUGUGUGCCGCCGACAACGCGUUGCCGUCAGCCAUGCUCGCGUUCAUGCAGCAUGCGUUGUCGUCGUCAGACUCGCCGUUCUGGCGCGCGCACGAGUACUCUGUGGACCCACCGUCGCCGUACUUUAGCUACGUCCACGACCUAUCGCAGCCCCGCGUGUCGGGUCUCGACGACGUCGUGCAUUAUCUCAAGCACCUGGCGAUCCAGCGGUUUCCGGGGGUGUCGCGCGCCAAGUUCGCCGAGUGGUGGACGCACUGCCGGCCCCAUGAUUCCGGCCAUCAGUUCCACUUUGACAGCGCAGACGAAGGCCGCGGCGGCGUGCGCAACCCGAUCGUGUCCACUGUCACAUUCCUGGAAGCGCCGUGCGGGGGUCCCACGGUGGUCACUGACCAGCGCUUUGGGUUUCCAAAACUCGGGCGAAACGGGUGGCUCGUGCACCCCCACGAAAACAGGUUCGUCGUAUUUAACGGCAAAGUGCUGCAUGGGGUCGUGCCAGGACGAAAAGGGGGCGACGACGCGGACGUAGGACGGUUGACACCCCCACGACGGGUGACGUUUAUGGUGGCCUUUUGGGAUUUUGACGUGCGCCAGUCGCCGCCCCUGGCCGGCGAACGCCCGGGAAGCGCGAUGCCCCUAACAUGGGGGGAUGACGAUACCAUGCCCGAGUGGCAACAGAGGUUUCGACCGCGGUGUUCCGUGGCAGGGGGAGGUGACGACGACGACGACGGGGCAGUCAAGGAUGUGACCCCCCUAACGCUCCCACGAAUCUGGGAACGCACGGACGGCCUAGCGUUGGACAACAAGAUGCCCGCGUACGACGGCUGCUUUCAGGGGUUUUAAGCACCGGAAUAGAUAUAUGUACAAGGAGCUGGUCCUACGAUUUUCAUAUCCAAUGAGAUCUCAAGAAAAUCACAAAUUGCCA